AUCUGGCUUGAUCUCACCUCUCUGGAGCCUCCUCUUCCCAAGGAGGCAAACAUCUCCGACGGAUUGAACUUCUUCAACGCCCUGUUGACCGAGAAGGUCAUUGUGGUUCCCGGUAUCUUCUUCGACCUGAACCCCGCCAAGAGACGUGAUCUCUUCGACAGUCCUUGCCACCACUUCGUUCGUCUGAGCUACGGCCCCAAGAUGGAUGUCCUGAAGAUGGGUCUGGAUGGUAUCGAGCGCGUCAUCCGCCGCGCUCGCGCUCAGUUCGAUCCCAAGCCGGAGGACGAGGUCGCGGUGGAGGAUGAUUGAAGGGCUUGCAUAGAUUUGGACCGUUCAGCGUUAUGUGAUUUGUAGAGCAAUAGAUUGCAUGGGGAUGUAGAUGAAUAUAUACACAUUGUUAAUGCCGCCGUGUGCCCAUGACUUGGAAAGACCCUGUAACUGCCCUAGGAGGGGAAAGUUUAGUGAUGUUUAUGGUCCAUCCUCGAAUCACGUGACAUUGGCCUCCUUUACCCGGUCGGGCCCCCUUCCGGAAUCCGUCAUCCCUGACAUCUUCCAUCCAGCUCGUGCCUGUAACUCGAGCGGCGCAGGGGCUGACGAUGCGCGAUAUGAUGUGUGCGCGAUUAUGGCCCUCAACCUCCAGCGCCUCCUUAACUUGACAUUCUUUAUCUUCCUUUCGGUGAUCCUCUUCUUUCUGAUCAUCCUGACCCCCGCCGACGCCAUCUACCAGUGCUACAUCACCCGCCGCCUCACGAACAUCUUUAUCAUCACGGGCGGCUACGUCGUCACAUUCAUUCUCGCCAUCCUCAUAUAUGCGACCCGUCUAUAUACCAACCGGACCGUUCUGUCCGGAAUCCCCAAGGCCUGGAUCCCCGUGGAGAAGGAAGAUGUGGGCAAGAGCGUGCGACGACUGGUAAAAGAGGGCUUAGCCCACAGCGCGAUCAUCGCCUACCAAGCCCGGCCGCGGGACCUGGCCGCCGACGGGGAUGAUUUCGCCAACUACGAGUCGCUGCUGAUCGACCGCGACCACCCUCCCUGGGGUCCCAUCGAACACCCUGGCUGGUCGUCUCCCUCGUGCGCGGAUCUGCCGGACCUCCCGUACCGGACCGUGAUCCAGGAACUGCCUCACCUGAUCGAAGCGAAAGCCGUCUCCCUCGCUCCCCCGGACCCGAUCUUCGCCGGGGUGCAUCAGUCCCUUCGCGCCCCGUUCUCCGACGCCGACGAGUCGUUCCCUGAUACCCGGGUGGUGGACGUCCUGCGGCGACCGGUCGCCAUGGGCCUCCGCGAGUACCUGCAGCACCUGGCGUCGCUGGAUGUCAUCCAACCGCCGGAGGUGGGCGCGGCGUUCAUCGCGCGCUACGAACGGGCGCGCUUCUCGUCGCGGGAUCUCCACGAGAACGAGUUUCGGGAGCUGAUGCGCGUCUUUGCAGAGCUGCUACGGGGCAUGACGCGGCUGAAUCCGCGGGUGCUGGCGGAGCUGCAGGCGGAGGACGGGGCCAGCAGUCAGACAGAGAGCGAGUCCAUCAUCGGGCCCUCGGACGAGGAAGGGGAAACGGAGACCAUCGAUUCGUUCCAGGACAGUGAGGGGCUGUUGUCCCGCGGGCGCAGUAACAGCCUGCGGCCUUCAAAUGCCUCGUCCUGGGAUGCCCGGUCCGCCAGACAGCACGGGCGCUGGUCGCCUGUCUGGGCGCGACGGCCGAAUACGCGCGGUCGGACCAUGGAGCCGCCGCGGACGCCGUCGAUGCGCUCGCUUCGGCGACUGCCAUCCAACAGCUCGGGUGGCAGCGUCAUUCAUUUGGUGGAAGCCCGGGGACCCAUGCAGUCAUUCAUCCAACGGGGCGCCGCUCUCUUCACGCCGAGUCGCUCGGCCACCCCGGCCGACAGCCCCAAAGCCACCGGCGACGAGAAUGCCGCCGUCGCCGCCGAAGAAGAAGUCACGCCCGCCGAGACGCUGUUCCCCAAGGUCGACCCGGCCGUUGACGGCGAGGACUGCCUGCACGACUGCGCCUCGUGCUCGGUGAAGUACCCGGCCAAGUUCGACGUGGACCAGGAGGACAACAUGUACGGGAACAUCAGCGAGUGGGCGACGCACGUGCUGGUCGCGACGGGCAAGACGGACUGGGUGCGCGACGUGGCGGACGAGCCCGGGAGCGUGAUGGAGGCGAUCGAGAAGGGGGGGCUUAUUCCGAGCAAUGGGAAACUCAAACUCUCCGCCUCCAACAUGCCCGUCCCGGACGAAUACCACUACCACGAACCUGGCCAGCAACCCACCACCGUUCUCCUCCUGCCCAGCUUCACCGUCAUCGACCACGUCACGCCCGCCCUGGCGCCGGAUUUGAUUGAGCAUUUCGUCAACCGCGGCCCGACCACCACCACCCCGCUGACCACCCCGCUGCCCACCCCCUCCGACAUUUCCGAACUCACCCCCCUCCGCGCCCGCCCCUGCCCGCACUCCGCCAUCAUCCUCCUCUGCUCGCACCGCACCCGUGACGCCCGCUGCGGCCAGUCCGCCCCGCUGCUCCGCAAGGAAUUCGAGCGCCACCUGCGCCAUCUGAAUCUGUACCGCGACCUGGACGACGAGCGGCCCGGCGGCGUCGGCAUCUACUUCAUCAACCACGUCGGCGGGCACAAGUACGCUGCGAACGUGAUCAUCUAUCGGCGGCGGGAGUGGGGGUGGCAUUUAGCCGGUAGCGACACCACGUCUUCUGCUGACGCGGACCCUGGUGCUGCACAGGCUGGAGCAGCAGCGGGAGCUGAGGGCGCCGCCCAGGGCAUCUGGCUGGCGCGGGUCAGGCCGCAGGACUGCGAGAAUAUCAUCCGGUAUACGGUGUUGCAGGGGAAGGUGGUCAAGCCGGCGGAGCAGUUGCGGGGCGGGUUUGAUCGGGGGACGGGGAAGACGAGUUGGUAG